GCAGUGUCGAUAUCAUCGAGGGACACGAGAUCAUCUGACCGUCCGAGCACGCCGUCAAGCAGUCGAUGGUCGCAUUCAGUGACCACCAAAGAAAACCAAGGCUACGCGAUCGAUAAAUCGGUUCCCCUAUCAUCAAUGCCCCGAAAGGCUCCACUAACUGAGCUUCAACUACACUUCAUCCAUGGGUCUCUCAAACAACCCGGGACUAACUUUAUCGUCCACUCGGAAAUGUACGACACGGUCAUGAUUCCACGUCUGAAAGACGCGUGGAAGAAGGUGAUCGAAUCUGAAACAAUCUUCAACCAAGACUUUCCAGAGCAUGAAUCCCUGGACAAAGGUCUCAAGGGCUUCAACUGGUCGGAGUCUAGAAUGCCGGACGACGCCCCGGACAGUCAGAUGCCCCAAGUCAUCGGCUCAUUCUUUUGGGUCACACCUGUUGGGAAUUCCUCAAAAAAGGCGUUGAGCAGACUCACAUGGACUGUUCAUCACUGUUUGAUAGAUGGUUACUCGGCAUCCAUCAUUUUCGACAAGGUGUUGCGCACGGUAAAUGGAGAUCUCACAGUCUCGGCUGGACCCUCAUUCCGGCUCUUUACCGAAGAGUUUGAGUUACUGAGGUCAGCUAGGAAAGAGCUUGGGAAGGCUUACUGGGCUCGCCAGGAGGACACACUGAGCCAAGCACGUCAUGAUCUACUCCUUCCACCAGCCUAUCCUCACAAUGAAUACGCUGGCAGUUCAAGUGUCGCUAUCGAUAUUUCGGCUAUCGCGCAAGACAUCCAGGCCAAAGCUAAGAAUGCCGAUGUUACACCCGCCACUCUUUUCUACGCAGCAUGGGCGAUGACAUUAUCAUCAUUCACCGAUGCCGAAGUUGUUGCAUUUGGUGCGGUUUUAUGUGGACGAAACCUCCCAGUACCUGGUGCUCUCGAAGUGAUAGGUCCUGUGUUGAACGUCCUUCCCUUCUCGAUCUCCACUAUUGGGACGAUGACGUCGGUUGAAUUUCUUCAAUUGACGUUCCACAAAUUGAUCGAACUUGAGGAAUACCAAUGGACGACUCCAGAACAUGGAUUUGACCGUAGCUUCGAAAGUGCGCUUAGUGUCCAAGUGUGCUUACCUGACUCUCGCGAAUUGCGCAUACAACCCCUUGGCCGAAUGACACGUCAAGAGCACGAAGUGCCCCUUGGCCUCACGAUAGACCCCCUCCGGGAAGUUGCCUUGGACUAUCACGUCAACCGAUUUACGAAGCAGAACAUGCAACACCUUGCGGAAACCUAUCGCCUGACACUCGAGCUACUACUCGACGGCAAUCGUACUGUGGAUGAUAUCCGCAGAAGUUCGACUCCCCAAUCCCACAUACAAACACUUCAACAAUUUGGUAACUGUUCCCCAUCGACUUUAGUUCAAAGCAUUCAGGAUGAUUUGGUUACGUUAUUCGAGCGGAGAGCACGAGACAUACCUGGCCAUGUUGCUCUGGAAAAGGGGUGCGAUAAGAUGUCCUAUCGGGAGAUGGACCUUUACGCAUCCAAGGUUGCCGCUCGACUUCAGAGCCAUAUCGAGAAAGGGGAAAUCGUGUGCAUCUACUCUGACAGAUCACUCCUCUGGUUGUGCGCGGUGUUUGGUAUUCUCAAGGCAGGUGGUGUCUAUUGCUCAAUGGACCCUACCGAGCCGCAGGAGGUGCGCAACAGAAAGUUUAGUUUGUCGGGUUCCAAAGUUUUCAUCACAUCCACGGCAUGCCAGCUGUCAGCAGUACCUGAAGUCUGCGCAGUAUCAUUCACAAUCCAAAGCACCGUGGAAUCACCGGAUUUUGCAGAUUGGGGACAUCGCCAAGUUCCUGAGCCUCAAUCUCCGGCUUAUGUGUGCUUCACAUCUGGAUCAACAGGCACCCCGAAAGGUGUGCUCUGUACACAUGCUGGACUGGUGGCUUUUCAGUCCUCGCUGGACGUCCGAUUGUUCGCCGCACCGGGCCGAAGGAUCGCCCACAUUAUGUCUGUCGCGUUUGACGGAAGCAUCCACGAGAUAUUCUCUGCUCUGACGCAUGGAGCUACAUUGGUUUUACCCUCUGGCUCUGAUCCAUUUGGACACCUUCAUUCGGUGGAUGCGGCCAUCUUGACACCGUCCUUAGCUCGGCUACUUGACCCCAAUGAAUUCAAGCAUCUCAAAUGGGUUUACUUCGUUGGAGAGCCGGUGCCACAAGCUGUUUGCGACCGCUGGGCUUCGGUCAAGCAACUAUACAACAUGUACGGCCCGACAGAGGGCACUUGCGGAGCCACCAUCAAACGCCUCCUACCUCGACAGCCGGUUACUAUUGGUAUUCCGAACAAUACCACUAGAGUGUACAUUUUGACAACGAGACAAUCAGAGCCGUCGAAGAAAACUCUUUGCCCUCCUGGUGUCAUCGGCGAGCUGUAUCUCGCUGGAGUCCAAAUCGCCAAUGGCUACCUUGACAUGCCAGAGCAGACACGUGAACGCUUCCUACCUGAUUCAGUUUGGCCAUCAGGCGUGGGCGAGAUGAUGUACAGAACGGGGGAUAGGGGUUACUGGACCGAGGAGGGCGAGGUGGCCCUUCUCGGGCGCAACGAUCGAGAAAUCAAGCUAAGAGGGUACCGAUUAGAUAUGGGAGACCUGGAAAUCCGUAUCGCACGAGCAUAUCCUCUUCUGCAAGCCGUUGCUGUUGCACGUCGCCAGGACCAGCUCAUUGCCAUGGUCCAACCUUUGGAUAUCAACGUAGGAGACCUUCGAGACCAACUUCGAAAGGUGCUCCCACAAUACGCUAUGCCUCAUAUCAUCGCGCCCGUGGACAAACUUCCCGUCACUGCUGCGGGUAAAACUGACUACAAAGCCGUCGCCGAGGCGGAUCCUCCACGACGAUCAGAAUCACGUAAGGAUAAGCUCAGUUCGUCAACGGAACUAGAUGUUGCAAAGGCGUAUCGUAUAGCUCUUCAGCUACCCGACAGUACUACCCUCAAUGCUUCAUCUCGUUUCAUUGAUCUUGGCGGUCAUUCGCUUCGACAAUUAGAACUUCUCCGCCAUCUCUCCGCCACUACUGGUGUGCAACUAUCCUUGAAAAUGGUUCUUAUAAACCCAACGAUACGGGACCUUGCAAUGGCCGUAGCCGAGCGUAUCAGUUUAGCGCCGUCCCCUGUCGAUGACCACAACCAAAAGUUCCCAAUACAGGAGGAGCUGGCAACGCCCAUCGAAACCGAAUGGAUGAGGAAGUACCUCACAUCAGCCAGCUCAUCUGCAUUCAACGUUUGCUACUCGUCUCGCUUCGACAAUAAUGUUGUGAGCAAGGAAAGACUCAUCACGGCAUGGAACUCUGUGCUGGCUCGGCAUCACCUUUUAGGCUGUCGGUAUACAUAUCGCAAUGAAAACGAAGUCAUUCGGGUUAAUCCUGGCUAUGUUCCUCGCGUUCAGACGCCCUGCUCUCUCGAAUUAAGCACAGAAGUGAACCGACCAUUUGCUCUGGAUGUUGAGGAGCCGGUGCGAGUUUUCGUCACAGCAGAUUCGUUGACCAUCGUCAUGAGCCACAUCAUCGCAGACUACACGGCCUUAGCGAUAUUGAUGCGUGAGGCUUCUGAGGCCUAUCAUGGAAGUCUCUUAGACGAUGCACCACGAAGCUAUGCAUUAGCAAGAGUCUGGUCCGACGCCAUCUCUCAAAGUAGUUUGGAUUUCUGGACCGGGUAUCUACAAGACUGUCCCGAAAACCCGCAACCGUUUGGCUCGGAUGUGUCCCGUUCGGACUACUCUGGGACCUCCACACUCACCACAAUCGAUGCUGACAUCUUCGAGAAAGCUCUCGAAUACUCUGUCGCCACCAACACAACACUACAGCAAAUCGCGCUUGCGUGUGUUGCAAUGUGUCUGGACGAGUGUCCUUUCAAGACCGAUAUCGUUCUAGGUGUUCCUCACAUCAACAGGGAUACUGCAGAUGACCUCAACACUUUUGGCUUAUUCCUUCAACCUCUUCCAGUCCGGAUUCAAUGCGACACCAACUCUGAAAACGAUGUGACAGAAGCCACGAAGUUGAGUUCGCAGCAGGCUUUGGCACACGCAAUCCCAUGGGACCAGCUACUGCAGCAUCUGGGGAUUGUCACGCAAUAUCCCAAUCACCCGUUAUUCGACGUGAUGGUCACAAUGCACGACUUUAGGCAGGCGAACGAUUUGAAUAUGAGCGUGCCUGGAUUUGAGCCGUUACUUAUUUGGUCUGAAGGAGCCAAGUUCAAGCUUAUGUGCGAAUUCACGGCUUUGCCAAAUGGGAAGCUCAUGCUGAGACUGGAGUACGAUUCUGGCCUUCUUUCGGAAAGUCAGAUUCAGCGAAUUCGAACGUCUAUACCGAUCGCGAUGCGUCUGAUUUCGAGCGGAAGGGGACAUAAGGAGAUCAAGCUUGCACUUGGAAACAUGCAAAAGAACUCAAUCUCGGAUAGUGGGGUCUUGAGUCCAGAGUGCUGCUUCGGUAAAAGUCUGCGAGACCUCUGAUCCUCUUUAGUUGGCAGACAGGAUUACGGUUUUGUUGUGAAUGUCUUACAAUUUAUCUUUGUCUGGGUUUCUCGUACUUUUCCUAUAGCCUUUUUGAAUCAAUAUACGCGUUUGAAUGCCUAGUUUGGCACCGGUGAACUAGAGCACGCUCAACAUGUUACAGCGAAAAGCGACAAUACUCUUGCAAUUAUCAAGUUUGUGAAGAAUUUGUCGCUUGAUGGCUGAUGGUGAUGAUAGUAACUAUUUG